AUCGAACCAUGUGGAUCCUGGCCCAUCCCCAGCUUCCCCACAUUCCAACCCCUCCCAAACGACCCUUCCGCAUCGGCCUCGUCUCGUCUCCGCCCUCUCGCCGAUCGGCCUCGCCGGCGGCAGUCCGCCCCCCUUUUGUUCCUCGAGAUUGUAACCCUAGCUCCUCCGAUCCUCGCCUCUGUUCCUUGUGCGCAGAGUAAGGCCAUAAGGUAAUGGCGACAUCGUCGGCAUACCCUCCGCCUCCUCCGUUUUACCGUCUAUACAAGGAUUUCGAGAAGGACCCCUCGUCUGCGCCAGAACCUCCGCCGCCAAUCGAUGGAGCAUACCAGCUCUUCGGUGCUACCUACACAACGGAUGUGGUGCUGCCGAGUCUGGAGGAUCAAGGUGUUCGCCAGCUUUAUCCAAAGGGCCCCGAUAUUGACUUCAAGAAGGAGCUAAGGACCCUCAACAGAGAGCUUCAACUCCAUAUCUUGGAGCUAGCAGAUAUUUUAGUGGAGAGACCAUCUCAGUAUGCUCGCAGGGUUGAAGAUAUCUCACUCAUUUUCAAGAACUUGCAUCAUCUUCUUAAUUCCCUACGACCACACCAGGCAAGAGCGACAUUGAUUCACUUGCUUGAGAGCCAAAUACAACGUCGUAAGCAAGCAAUUGAGGAUAUAAAACAGAGGAGAGAGGAGGCACAAAGGCUACUUGGGGAAUCACUGCUUAUUAUAGAUGGAAGCCAGCAGGUCAUGACUCCAAUGUGAAGGCCAGUGACAUCCUUCGUUUCCUGGUGCCAAGUUGGCUGGAUCAAGACAGCUAUCGGUGUUUGUUUUAGGUGGUGAUUGCAUUUCGCACUUUGCUUGUAGAAAUAACUUAUCGACAUUUCGAUCCCUAAAAGAAGUCCUGCUGGCAUUUCAAGAUGUUCUGGCUUGCGAUGAUGAAUCAUGUAUCUGUGUUAUGUGUUGUGGAACUGUUAAGCACUGAACCCUGAGACUUGGGAUAGUUUCGCUUUGUAGUAAUCUUUAGAAUCACAUGAUUUUGUAUUGUUUUAUGUUACUUCAAUGUUGUGAACUGAAAUGCAGCUCUGGCAUGACCCAAAUGGGCAUGGUUUUUUGUGCA